AUGAGGAAGAGGAGGAUAAGGUAGCUACAUCAAACUGGGUGGCAUGCAGAUCCAAAGGAUACCAUGAAGUUUCCAGGACCUUUGGAAAACCAGAGAUUGUCUUUCGUAUUGGAAAAGGCAAUCUCGAGGGAAGCCCAGAUGUGGAAAGUGAAUGUCCCCCAAAUGCCUACAAGUCAGAAUGUGUCUCCAUCCCAGAGAGAUGAAGUGAUCCAGUGGCUGGUCAAGCUCAAGUACCAGUUCAACCUCUAUCCAGAAACAUUUGCUCUGGCUAGCAGUCUAUUGGACAGGUUUUUAGCAACCAUAAAGGCCCACCCAAAAUAUUUGAGCUGUAUUGCAAUCAGCUGUUUUUUCUUAGCUGCCAAGACUGUUGAGGAAGAUGAGAGAAUUCCAGUUCUGAAAGUUUUGGCAAGAGACAUGUCAACAAGGCCUCAGUUACUCUUCAGUUUUCCCAAACUGAGCCCAUCUCAACAUUUGGCAUUCCUUACCAAGCAACUCCUCCACUGUAUGGCCUGCAACCAACUUCUGCAAUUCAAAGGGUCCAUGCUUGCUCCGGCCAUGGUUAGUUUAGAGAUGGAGAAACUCAUUCCUGAUUGGCUUCCUCUCCCAAUUGAACUGCUUCAGAAAGCACAGAUGGAUAGCUCCCAGUUGAUUCACUGCCGGGAGCUGGUGGCACAUCACCUUUCUACUCUGCAGUCUCCCCUGCCUCUGAAUUCCGUUUAUGUCUACCGUCCCCUCAAGCACGCCCUGGUAACCGUUGGUGACAAAGGAGUGUUCAGAUUACAGUCCGCCUCUGUCCUAGGCCUGGAUUUCUCCAAGGACAACAGCAAACCAGAAGUGCCAGUCAGAGGUACAGCGGCCUUCUACCAUCAUCCCCCAGCUGCCAGUGGGUGCAAGCAUACCUCGGCUAAACGUAAAGUAGAGGAAAUCGAAGUGGAUGACUUCUAUGAUGGGAUUAAACGGCUCUAUAAUGAAGAUAAUGCUUCAGAAAAUGUGAGUUCUGUGUGUAGCACUGAUUUAUCAAGGCAAGAGGGGCAUGAUUCCCCUCGUCCGCCUUUGCAGCCUGUUUCUGUCAUGUAG